AUGCUACUUUUUUUCGCAAAAAAAUUUGCUCGUCCCCUAAGUCUUGAAUGGUACAAUAUCGCUCGUCGAGAGGAAACCACUCCCUUCGCUCCAGAGCGACGAAUUCCUUCUCGCGUUCCUUCGACAGACGAGACGACGACGAGGACCCGCGUGCGGGUGAACCGGCAGGAGGAAUACCAGAGCCUGCUGGGAUUCGGCGGGGCGUUCACGGAUGCGGCCGGACUCAACAUCAAGUCUCUGGAGCCUGCGGCUCAGGAACUCAUCAUCAGAUCCUACUUCGCCCCAGAGGGAAUCCGCUACAACAUCGGCCGCAUCCCGAUGGGCGGGAGCGACUUCUCCACUCGGCCUUACUCCUACGACGACGUCGAGGGCGACGAGGCCUUCGAGUUCUGGUCCCUCGCCUUCGAGGACCUCGAGUACAAGAUCCCCCUCGUCCACCUGGCGAGGGAGGUGUCCGAGGAGGAGGUCCUCCUGUUCGGGUCCGCCUGGUCCGCUCCCAGGUGGAUGAAGACCAACAACGACUUCAUCGGCGAGGGCCGGCUCAAGGACGAGUACUACCAACUCUGGGCAGAUUAUUUCAUCAAGUUUCUCGAGGCAUACUCGGCGGCAGGACUGGACAUGUGGGGACUGACGGCGGGGAACGAGCCGACGAACGGGAACAUCCCGGGUUUCAGCUUCAACUGCAUGGGAUGGACGCCGGAGACCCAGCGGAAGUGGGUGGCGGAGAACCUCGGUCCCACCCUGAGGGCGGCCGGGUACGGCAAGGACAACUUGACCUUGAUGGUGUUCGACGACCAGCGCGCUUACGUCGAGACGUGGCUGCCGACGAUCCUGGGCGACCCCGUGAUCGGCGAAUACGUGUCGGGCUGGGCCGUGCAUUGGUACUGGAACUGGCUGUUCGGGCCGGAGAUCCUGGACGGGGCCCACGCGGACUACCCCGACUUUUGGAUCCUGGCGACGGAGGCGUGCGAGGGAUCCGACCUCGGCGAGCCUCCCGUGUCGCUCGGGAAUUGGCUCUAUGCGGAGUCCUAUGCGCAUAACAUCAUCGAGGACCUGAACCACUGGGUGAGAGGUUGGGUGGACUGGAACCUGGCCCUGGACCUGGAGGGGGGACCCAACUGGGCCGCCAACGAGGUGGACGCCGGAAUCAUCGUGAACGCGACGGCCGGCGAGUUCUACAAGAACCCGAUCUUCUACGCCUUGGGCCACUUCUCCAAGUUCAUCCCGAGGGGGUCCGUUCGCCUGGGGCUGGAGGUGGCCGGGGCGGUCGAGGCCCUGGCCACGAGCACGCCCGAAGGGGAUGUCGUCGUCGUCCUGCUCAACACUCCACUCGCGGCAAGCUCGGCCAUCGACUAUCGAUCUGCACGAAGUCGACUGUCGAUCGACGAUCGCAUCGAAAUGUAUGUUUCUCUCGUUCGAUUCGACAGAAGCGGAGCGGAGCAAGUGGUGGAGAUCGAGGAUGGAGACAGAUUCGUCUCGCACACCAUGCCUGCCAAGUCGCUCGUGACCUUGCUCUGGAGCACAUCCGUGGAAUAA